AUGGGAUCACUUGGCGAACCAACGUAUCUUUACCAAAGUGCCAGUGGUGAGUGUAGCUUGCCAAUGGUAGAAUCCGCCGAAGGCAUUUACUUCACUUUGGAAAAUGGCCAAAAUGUCCUGGACGCAACUGGCGGAGCUGCCGUGUCUGCGAUUGGCCAUGGUAACAAGCGUGUUAAGGAUGCCAUUAUCCGCCAAAUGGACAAGGUGGCCUACGCGCAUCCCGGGUACUUUCAGAAUAGACCUGUUCUUGAAUUGGCCGAUUUGUUAGUCAAGUCAACUGGUGGACGACUGUCGCGAGCAUGCAUCCUUGGAUCUGGCUCCGAAGCGGUCGAAGCAGCAGUUAAGCUCGCUUACCAACAUUUCGCUGAGUUGAAGCCGGAGUCUCCACGAACCAACUUCAUCUCAAGACGAGGCUCGUGGCAUGGUUGCACUAUAGCCGCGCUCGCUAUUGGAGAUAUCAAGUCGCGGAAAACACUUUUUGAGCCUCUCUUAAUGGAAAAUGUGUCGCAGGUAUCGCCUUGUCACCCAUGGCGAGAUAUCCGCGAAGGAGAGAAAGUUGAAAAUUAUGUGGCUCGAUUGAAGGAGGAACUCGAGAAUGAAUUCCAAAGGCUCGGUCCUGAAACUGUCUGUGCCUUUAUUUUGGAACCUAUGGUUGGAACAGCUUUAGGUUGCGUCACGGCAGCACCCGGGUAUCUAAGUGCGGUAAGGGAAGUAUGUGACCGUCAUGGAGCACUUCUUAUCUUUGAUGAAGUUAUGUGUGGUCUGGGCCGCACCGGGGCUCAGCAUGCCUGGCAGCAUGAUGACGUUGCCCCGGAUAUUCAAACUGUGGGAAAAGUGCUUGGUGGGGGGUACGCCCCAAUCUCUGCCGUAUUGGUCCAUGAGCGUGUCCUUUAUCCACUGAAGGAAGGGAGCGGAUCAUUUUCUCAUGGGCAAACGUACCAGGCACAGCCACUUAUUUGCGCCGCGGCGCUUGAAACCCAACGAUAUAUUCAAGAGAAUAAUUUGAUCGAAAAUUCUCGUUGCAUGGGUGACUUUCUCGGGGCAGAACUUAAAAGGCACCUCGGUCAGCACCCCAUUGUCGGUGACAUUAGAGGCCGAGGGUUGUUUUGGGCAGUCGAGCUCGUGAAGAAUAAAGUCACCAAGGCUCCGUUGGACCCAAGGUUGAACGUUGCCAAACGGAUCCGAGCUCGAGGACUGGAAAAGGGCUAUGAAAUUUGCAUAUUCACUGCUACCGGUGCUGCAGAUGGUUGGAGUGGAGACCAGUUCCUCAUAGCUCCACCAUUUACUGUUAACAGAUGUGACGUGGAGGAAAUUGUGAAACGUGUGACCAAAGUGAUGAUUAGUGUGUGGAAGGAAAUCGAGGCAGAUGCCAAAAUGUAUUGA